GAAUGAAGCCAAUCAGCACUCACCGCCCACACCGCUAAAAUGUAUAUAAAUUCCUUCCCCUAUUGCAAUCACAACACAUCCCAUUAAAGCCUGUAAUACCUUGCAUUUAUAUAUCAUCUGCUUUUUUUUUUCUUUUAUAUUUUCCUGACAUAGUUCAGGUGACCAGAAACAAGGGUUAUUUAAUUUGUAGUUCCUGACCGUUAGAAGAAAUGGCAAGCUGCAACUGCAAGGAAUACUUUCCACCACAGACUCAGGACCAGCAGCCUGGUAAACAAUAUGUCAUGCACCCACUGCCACAGUCCAUAAAUCCUGAUUACAAGCCUUCCAACAAGCUCCAUGGAAAGGUAGCUCUGGUAACAGGAGGAGACUCCGGCAUAGGAAGAGCUGUAUGCUACUACUUUUCAUUAGAGGGUGCAACUGUGGCCUUUACAUAUGUGAAAGGCAUAGAAGAUAAGGACAAGGAUGACGCCCUGGAAAUGUUCCAAGAGGUUAAGGCGAAGGAUGCAAAAGACCCUAUUGCCAUAGCUACUGAUAUUAGAUAUGAAGAGAACUGCAAGAAGGUUAUUGAUGAAGUUGUGAAUGAAUAUGGGAGAAUCGAUGUUCUUGUCAAUAAUGCUGGUCUGCAGCACUACACUUACUCCAUUGAAGAAAUUACCGAGGUUGACCUGGAGAGUUUGUUUAGAACCAACAUAUUUUCUCAGUUCUUCCUCGUCAGGCAUGCUUUAAAGCACAUGAAAGAAGGAAGCAGUAUUAUCAACACGACAUCUGUUUUAGCCUAUACAGGCCACCCUAACUUGCUGGAUUAUUGCUCUACUAAAGGAGCGAUUUUAAGCUUCACGAGAGGUCUAUCAGCGCAGCUUAUAGGGAAAGGAAUUCGUGUCAAUGGUGUAGCACCAGGUCCUACAUGGACGCCACUGCAACCGGCAUCUUUGCCUGCUGAGGAGGUUGCUAUCUUAGGGAGCGACACGCCAAUGGACAGAGCAGGACAGCCGCACGAGAUUGCACCUGCAUAUGUUUUCUUGGCAUCCAAUGAAUGUUCCUCCUUCAUCACUGGUCAGGUUAUACAUCCUAACGGUGGUAUCAUUGUCAAUGCUUAAGUUUGCCUGCUCUACGAGUCCUUCUGGGCCAUUUUCUUUUCUGGUAUUUGUUCUGAUUGUGAAAAGUGUAUGUGGUUGAUAAAUAAGAGGUAAUGAGUGCAGUAACUCAUUACAGUGAAUGUAAUGAAAAUAAUGAUUAUUUUAUACUUAUUAUUGCUACAAUUCA